CCCCGCUGUUGUUAAAUAAACACUUCAUUCGGCUACAUACCACAAUUUCAUACCUCGCUUCAUGUCCUGUACCUGGCUUUGACUUUUGACUUGUAUAGAUACCAGAGUUGUGCAGUGAUUUAAAAACCAUGGCUGUUGACUGCCUGUACGUAAAGUUCUGUUUCUUUGCCUUGGUUUGCGUAUUAGCAGGUAAGUCUCGAUUUGAACGCAGCAAGAUGCAAUAUCAUAAGCUUGUGAUAUAUAGAUUUCAGCCUCCAACGGCUUUAGUUUUUGAAUUGCAAUCUUUUUCAUCGAGUCGUAACACAAGAGACGUAUCAAUAUGUUUUAUCUCUGUCACUUUUUUCUCAUGUCUGCUCCACAAAACCCUUUGUUUGUAGCUUUUCAGUUUUUUUAGAGGUUGCUAUUGCUUUCGAUUUCCGCAGCAUCAGAACCUACAUAUUAGGGCAGACUGGCGUCUUGGAAUAUAUGGGAAUCCCUCUGGCUGCGCGGUUUCCCCAAAAUCCCUUUAAUGUCUUAAAUCUGACGCUAUAUCAGUAUUUUGAUCGUUUACGAAUGACUGUCGUCUAUUAAUCUCUAACAACUGUAAUGACCUCUCUGUAUACCACUUGUUGUGAUGUUGCUGUCUUCAACGAAGAUCCCUAAAACUAUUAAUUUUAACUACAAAUUCGAGGAUAGGUUAUGAAGGAACCUUAAGCAAAAAUUGAUAGUAGCAGACCUAAUCGAGAUCCCAGUCAAAAAAUAAAAUGGCGGAAUGAUGUUUAUCAUUGAGACUCGAGAGUCGCCGGAAUCUACAAAGAAACUUCCGUCGAAAAUGUUCCAAAACCUAUUAAAAGAAAAUUUCUCAUUCUCUAUCUUCGAAUUUGCUGUCUUUUGUCAUUGGUGUUCUUUUUAUCAUCCCUCAAAGGCAACUUAUACGUUCAGUUGCAUGUGUGGCAGGCUAGAAAUGGAUUGUAGUUGUGGCUUCCAUCAAUCAGUGGCUGUUAGCCACUAGUUCAGUCGUGACGCAAAAUUUUCCUAUGGUAUCAUGUCAUGGGUGAUUAAGAUUAGAGUACGUAGUACCGGCUACAGCUGAGACCGUCUCGGAUAGUCAGUGCAUCCAGGUGGUCGCUUAACGGGCAUCAAUUUUAGUUAAAUACAGAUAUCACACUGAUUUCCGCCUAUGUUGAACAACACAGAGCAGAAGUCUGAACCAAAUUGUUGAGUUCAGUUGCUGUCAACCAUUACGUUUCACUUGUUAGAAUCUAAUUUUGUUCCAAAGCGCGCAUUCAAAGAAAAUCGCGAGAUCCGAUGACGUGACGCGCAACGCGAAACUGAUGGAGGACCCCAGGUAGGUGAGGUAACCCGCCUAGCCGUGGUCGAAAAUGAAAAUGCGUUUACAUGCAGUCUUACAACCCCGAGGUGCUGGGGUGAGGUUUCUUAAGGUUGUUGUUGCGCUUGCAAUUAGGGAGUUUGAGCGCAGGCGUUCCAAGCUCACAUCUCGAGAAAGACGAAAGAUUAAAUUAUCGGACAUGUAUGUAAUUAUUCAUGAAAGCAUCGCGCGUUGUGUUACGCGGUGUUAGGUUACGCGAGGAAUCGUAGACUUAAUACGUUACACGGAAUGGUUUGGGAAACGAAAUAGAGUCGAUUUACAACGCAAAAUAUUCCGAAACGUGAACAUUUUGCACUCCUUGUGAGUCCGUUGCGGUUUCUGGUGAUUUCUGCCAUGAGACGGCUUGGAAAUUUACAAAGUUUUAAAACAUACGUGUUUAGCUUUUGAGCUUUUUGCCAUGAACGCGACCCCGGUUAGGCGGGUUACCCCACCUUGAGACGUUUACAUGGCAAAUUGCCACUCUGGCUGACAGGGUUAUCCCUAAGGGCAACCCUAAUUUUGCUCCAAGAACAGUGGGUCUCUAAGUAGACCCAAGAGUUUCGUCUGUCAUCCAAAGCUAGAUCAUUCAAAAAUGCGUCUAAGGAUUGAUAAUUUGAUUUCAGUAUGUCUAUGGGGAAUUGAAAAAGGUGUCUGUCAGUAGAGCUGUCCGCCUACGAGAAUUAUUCGAAUGGAAAAUGGGCUAAAUAUCGGCUUAAGGGAGAGUUAAUUAGCGGAUGUUCGUUAGACUGUAUAUUUCUAUUCUUCUAUGUUAAGCAAUCCGCUUACGAGAGGGUUCGUUAGCAGAGAGUUGAUUGUGGUUAAAACUGUCAACUUGCAAAGGCGUGCAAGCAGAAUCUACAAAUUGUUCUGUUUUUCUUCAUUUUUUUUAAUGUGAUGCUAUGCAUAAAUAAUAAUGGCAAUAGUGAGAUUUUGUCAAAAGUUGAUUUAUAUUAUGACUACACUCAUUCAUCGUGAAAAGUUUAUUUCGUAUGGGUCAAUCAGUCUUCUAAUAUACGUAUCCUGCUCGAGUCAGUCAGUCUUCUAACAUUUGCAUCCUGCAUGAGCCAGUCAGUUUUCUAAUAUACACAUCCUGGAUGAGUUAGUCAGUUUUCUAAUAUACACAUCCUGGAUGAGUCAGUCAGUCUUUUAGUAUAAGCAUCCUGGAUCAAGCAAUCAAUCAAUGUAUUUAGCCCUUUAACUCCCAGAUCAAAUUUGUCAUUCUCCUUACUGUCAACUAUACAAUUCUUAGAAUGUUAGUUCAGAGAAUUUAGUAUUGGAUCAACUAAUUAUCCUCUAAUCGCUAUUUUUCUUUAUUCUCAUCACUUGUCUGCUUAGUAUUGCAUUGACCCUGUGAGGAGAAAUUCUCUCUUGGUCACUCGUGGAAGUUAAGGGGUUAACGUGGUCGGUGCGCUCAGCAAAAAAGCUAGUUUACAGGUACGCCACGUUAAAAAAAAGAAACAGAAAAAUGAAAAAAAAAAGCCUUUUGAAGGUGUAUAAAUUUAAGAGAAGUUAAGAUUAUAAACUAACUAAUAUUGAAACAUAAAAAUUCAACAAUGUUUUGUCAAACUAAGUUAAAAAUAUAUAAAUAUGAAAAUUAUAAAAACGGUAAAAACUGACUAAGAAUCGACUCACACUGCAGUCAGUCCCAUGAGAUUUAAUGUUUUUAAGUUUUUUUUUUAAAGCAGUGUAUGUUGGAAUCUUCCGAGACUCGUCGGGUAUAGUGUUCCACAAAUUCGAUGCAGCGUAUCUCCAUUGUCUUAAGCCGAAAGUGGUUGAUUUUACUUUUGGAAGGUCAAAGUAUUGUGGUUCCUCCUGA